CUACUUGCUGAGCGUAACUUCUGUGCAGCCAUGCUGAAGGACAAGAAGACCAAAGUGAAGAUCACCUUCUUGGUCAUCGUUGUGGGCAUCUCAUCCAUGCUUGCAGCCGUAGUGACAGAUCAUUGGGCCGUGCUGAGCCCCAGAGUAGAAAAACUUAACACCACCUGUGAGGCAGCCCACUUUGGGCUUUGGAAGCUCUGCAAGAAGAGCAUCUUCAUUGUGGAGGAAGACCCUCAGGGCAAAGGCUGUGGCCCCAUCAGCCUGCCUGGAGUCAAGAACUGCUCCUACUUCAAACACUUUACGUCAGGGGAGGAGGCCGAAGUUUUCGAAGUCAAGACUCAAAAAGAGUACAACAUCACAGCUGCUGCUAUAGCCAUCUUCAGCCUGGCCUUCAUGACACUGGGCAGUCUGUGUCUCCUAGGGGCCUUUGGAAAUAGCAGAGACUACCUACUAAGACCGGCUGGCAUGUUCUUCGCGUUUGCAGGUCUCUGCAUAGUCAUUUCAGUGGAGGUCAUGAGACAGUCUGUCAAACGCAUGAUUGACAGCGAUGAAACCAUCUGGAUCGAGUACUACUACUCGUGGUCCUUUGCAUGCGCCUGCGCUGCCUUCAUCCUGUUGUUCCUCAGCGGGAUCACCCUGCUGAUCAUCUCCAUGCCUCACAUGCCACGGAACCCGUGGGAGACCUGCAUGGACGCUGAACCUGAGCCCAUGGACUAGCAGAGCACCUUUACCAGUCAUGUCAGGGUUUGGCACACACAGCAAAUAAUGUCUACACUCAACGGCUGAACACAGAGCUGGAGUUCUAACGAUGGAAGCAAGUCCAGGACUGCAGGGGCAAAUAAAAUCGCCAUUUCUCUUUGUUCUCAGGACAAAUGAGAAACAAGACAAGCUGAUUAUGUCUCUCUCUCUCUCUCAUGUGGCUCUCAGGUCACAACCCACCAGUGCCCAAAGUCUAAAGGAACAGGAAUGUGUUCAUUCUGCUGUGGUCUCUCUUAUGUAGUUGUCAUAUCUAAGCACAACCCCAAUUCCAAAAAAGUUGGGACGCUGUGUAAAAUGUAAAUAAAAACAGAAUGCAAUGAUUUUCAAAGCUC